AGUGCAACGAACGACGCGAGCGGGGUGGUUGUGCGGCACGUGUUCGUAAUUUUUACUUCAAUGCAGUUAAAUUAUUAUGACUAGAAAAGUUUAGUUUGCACAAUCAACGAGUUAAGACUAAUAAAAGUGUGUUGUUGCCGUGUUAUUGGAUUAUGAUUCGAUAACACAUCGACACCGUGCCUUCACACAUGCCUGUAUCAGGGUUAUGAUAGUGGUGUUCGUGUGAGAUGGAGAUGUCGCACCAGGGUGGGGCGGAGGCCGAGAGCCUGUUACGGCCGGAGCGCAACGCCGUCGUCAUGCACGGCAGGCAGGGAGGAUGGGAGGCGGAGGGCGAGAAGGCGCCGUUCCUCCGCAACGAGCCGGUCAAACUGACCCCGGCGUGGGAGGGUUCCAACUUGCCGAAUGAUACGCUCAACUUAAAAGGAAUUGCUAUGGACCUGGCGCCGCCUAAGGACAAAUGGUACAUCAUCUACCUGACCUUGAUCCUACACGGGGUGGGCACGCUGACUGCAUGGAACAUGUUUAUCACAGCUAAGGAUUACUUCGUCCAAUACAAGCUCAAGGAUUCCUCAUACGGAGACAGCUUCCUCGUGUACAUAGGAUACGCGAGUCAGCUGCCCAACUUUCUGUUCAGCUGGUUUAACGUCUUUGUUGUGCUUGGCGGUAACCUGACGACACGCAUAGUGUGGUCGCUGAUCAUCGAGGUGUUCAUCUUCGUGAUCACCAUCGUGUUGGCCAUGAUGGACACCCACGACUGGCCCGCUGCCUUCUUCUGGGUCACCAUGGUCACCGUCUUCCUGCUAAAUGCAUGCAACGCGGUCUUCCAAAACUCGGUGUUCGGCGUGGCGGCACGCCUGCCCCCUAGCUACACGGGGGCCGUGGUGCUCGGCAACAACGUCUGCGGCACUAUGGUGGUGCUGCUCAACUGGCUGUCUGCAAGCUUCAGUGGCUCGCUGCGCACCUCCGCCAUCUACUACUUCAUCGGGGGGAUGUUCGUGCUCCUUGUCUGCUUCGAUACCUACUUUGCUCUGCCGCUCAAUAGGUUCUACCGCUACCACGACACGCUGCAGCAGCGCACGAUGCAGGUGAACCCAGCGCUGGCGGCCACCAGCCCGCCGGCGCCCAAGCGCACGCCCUACGGACAGAUACUGGCGCAGUGCUGGGUGCAGCUGUACAACGUGUGGCUCGUGUUCUUCGUGUCUCUCGCUGUCUUCCCCGCUGUGCACUCCGACGUGAAUUCUCUGAGCGGUCUAUUCGGUUCAAACUUCGUGAGGAUCACAUGUUUCCUGACGUUCAACCUUACUGCCAUGAUUGGCAAUAUCACCGCUUCAUUCUUUCCUUACCCCACCCGCCGCUGGCUGUGGGUGGCAACGACAGCGCGUAUAGUGUUCAUCCCUCUCUUCUUACUGUGCAACUAUCAGCCAACGGGCGUGAAACGAACCCUCGACGUGGUCAUCACCUCGGACUGGGCGUACUGGUUCUUGGCCAUCCUGCUCGGUUGGACCUCGGGCCACUGUAGCUCGCUGGCCAUGAUGUAUGUUAGUGGUAACGUGGCCCCGGAACACGCAUCCAAGGCCGGCAUGAUAGGCGGCGCAAUGCUGAUAACUGGCAUCCUCACAGGGAUCGCCUUCUCAGGGCUCGGCCCGCGGCUCGUCUCGCUAGAAAUGUGGCGCUCCGCCUAGCGCAUAGCCAACUACCUACACGAGUUGCUCAACCUGCUCCGGAAGAUCGACUUGUGAGGUGGACGUGAAAACAGUCGUUGACAAGUGAAAACAGUCGAUGACAAGUAAAAACAAUCGUUGACAAGUGAAAACAGUCAUUGACAAGUGAAAACAGCUGUUGACAAGUGAAAAAGUGUAAAGUGGCUUUGUGGCUUGCUUGUUGUUACGACUGUUUUGCGCGUAAAUAAUGCUUCGAGCAUGAAUUAAAAAACAUAUCCGUAAUACUACGGCGCUCUCCCAUAAAUACUUAAAUAUGCAAGACGAAAAACAAGCCACAAAGUGAAAUCUUUUACAAAUGGAUUGAGGCUUGAACUGCAAAUGACCAUUGAAUUGAAAGAAUUUUGACUAAAAUACGUGAUUUAUUAAAGUGACAUUUAGGAUUAACUAAGUAUGAUAACGAAAAUAUUGUAAAGAGGGUAGGAGAAUUUAUUAAUGAAUAUAUAUAACAUAUUGACUAGGCAAACGCGAAUUGGGUAGACUGGAAUAAUUGUAUAUAGUUACUCAAAUAGAGUAAAUGCAGUUGUUUCUAUCUAAAAAUCAGACACAUUUUUACAAAAAAUAACUGCCUACAGAUGAUAAGACAUGGUAUGUGAGCUAGUAGCGACAACAGUUCAUACAAAUUGCGCCUAGCGGACAAAACCAGCAACUUAUGACAGUUCUUUCCUCAAGGCUGCUUUCACACUAGCGUUUUGCCCCGCCGCGUGCUCACCGCUGUAAAAAAAACGCGCGUGUAAAAGAAGCCUUCGAGUUUGUAUGUAAUUGUAGCAUUACCACUACAUUACAUGCAAUGUUUUGUCAUGUAAUGAGUAUGGGUACAUGAUCCAAUUUGUUGGUUUUUAACAGGAAACAAUUGACAACUUGUCAAAUAUGUUUUUUUUUGUAUUGUUAAGUGUGUUAAGUUCUGAAUGUCAGAUCCGUACGCCAGUAGUAUUUCUGUUGUAAUUGACACAAAAUUUCUCUAAGACUUUAUUAUUCCCACCCUGACUUCCGUUUUUUAGUUAAUUUUAUUUGUCUAUAUUUACAAUGUUGCUGAUUCCAGUACACACAAUCUAUUUUUAUUUUAAGUUAUACCUGUCAUUUUCCUAUCCACCGAAAAGGAAAGGGACGGGAAAUAGGCAUAAAAUGUAUGGAACACACGUGAAUUUCAAGCAGAAAUUAAAAAGAAAAACCCUCCCAAAAUUUUACAUUGGCAAAUAACCAAACAGAAUUUAGUUGACAGCACACGUCAAACAGCUUCAAUAUCAGCGGGAUGCCUAUUUUAUUCGCCCGGGUUAGUGAUUCAUUUUAAAACGAACAGUUGUCGAUCAUCCGUCCCUUUCUUUUUUAGCGGAUUAGAAAAUGACGGGUAUAACUUCAUCAAUCAAUCAUCAACAGCCUAUAUACGUCCCACUGCUGGGCACAGGCCUCCCCUCAAUCAACCGGAGGGGGUAUGGAGCAUACUCCACCACGCUGCUCCAAUGCGGAUUGGUGGAGGUGUUUUUACGGCUAAUAGCCGGGACCAACGGCUUAACGUGCCCUCCGAAGCACGGAAUCAUCUUACUUUUUCGGACAAUCAGGUGAUUCAAGCCUGAAAAGUCCUUACCAAACAAAGGACAGUCUCACAAAGUGAUUUCGACAAUGUCCCCAUCGGGAAUCGAACCCGGACCUCCAGAUCGUGAGCCUAACGCUCUAACCACUAGACCACAGAGGCUGUUGUGGGGUAUAACUUAAAAUAACUUAAAAAAGGGAAGAUUUUUUCUGGGUUGAUUUGGGAGCAAUUUGUACCCACGCGUUGUUCAUUUCGUACGCCCCUAUUUCGGCCAAGUGGAUCUAUAAUGAACAUUUGACAUUCAGAACAAUAACACGAUCUCCUGCCGGGUCUGCAUGACAAACGCGCGGCGCGCGGCGUGAUUUAUAUGGAGCGCUUGGACCAAUAAACGAUACGAAUGCUAUCUAUGUAGAUGGACGUCAAACGGCUAUUGGUCGAAGCGCUCAAUAUAAUUCGUGCCGCGCGCGGCGCGAUAGUCAUGCAGACCCGAGUGGAGGGACGAAUAUGAUAUACCCGCUUGUGCUUGUAUGACUAUGUUAUUGGAAUUAAAUAAACAAGAAAUAGGGUAGCACAAGAUGUAAUAGAAUUCCUAUAUAAAUAAUAAGGACGUAUUUAGAUUGUCGAUUUGGAAUCACGCCGACUCUGCGUCGACAAGUGUGAUACCACGCUAAUUUUUAGAGUUGUGAAAAUAUAAAUAAAUAGGCUGUGUGGUACAACAGUUAUGGUUAUAUAUCCAAUCUUGUGCUACUCGAAAGUUAUAUAAUAUGCCUAUGUAUAGUUAUACAUACUGUUAAAGUUUGUAAGUCCAUAUAUAUAUAGAUAUAUUUAUAUUGUAGCUAGUACAAAACAGUUGAAUAAAAUUGAUAUUAAUUUGAUGUUUUAUGGGAAUGUAUGACUCGAUUGGUUUUUACUCCCUAUUAGUUUUGAAGUCAUAAUGACGGUUAGGAUUUCAAACUAAAGGGUGAUAUGUGCCAAUAAGAGAAGUAGCCCAUUUUUCAUUACAAUUGUUAAAACUAUAAACCACAUAAUUAUCUGAUACUAAAGUUAACUAAGUAAUGGUGUGGGUACUUUUAAUUUUUAGUAUCAGGUUUUGUUGUGAAGUGAUCAUUUUGCAAUAUAAUUAUGUAUAAAUAAUUUUAUUUAUCAACUAUAAUAUUCUAUUCUUUGCAUUUCGUUUUAUGUAGGCGUGUUAUAGUUUUUAUGAAUCUUUGACUUUUUACUAUUUAGUUAGUUUCUUCCGUGCAAAUAUUACAAUGGCAUUUCUAAUUCUGUCUUCUAUUUGAUAUUGUAAUAUUUGACAAUACAUGUAUGAUUCAAUACACAUAAAAUACUAAUCCAAAGUGCUACUAUGUUAUAAUGUUAAAAUAUAGUUACUAAAAUAAGUAAUACUAUGUUGAAUAUAUGUAAAAAAAACAUUUUAAAACAAGCAAUAGUGUGAAAUGUUUUCAUUUUGUAUGCACGGUAUGUUUUUCAGUAGAUAAUCAAUUGGAGUUUGUGAGCAAAGACAUGUUGUAAUGUAAUAUUGUGAAUGGUUCUUUUGUACAUGAAUUUUCACUCAAACUUGUAUAGAGUUAGCUCCAAUCUAACGGCGGCGUGUCGACUUAGAUUUACGUUGAACUUCAGCACGCUCGAACUAGAAAUACUCAAAGGAUCAUUCACUAAUUAAAUGUACACUAACAAGUUAUGAUUUAUUGACAGACUGAGAAACUAAUAUUGUUGUUAAGCUUAACUUUGGCUAUGGAUCUGUAGUGUUAAGUUUGGUAAUAUUGAUGCUUAUUGCACUAUAUGUUGGAAAACUACUUUGGAUGGAUAAAUAUUUGGAGUAUGGAGGUCAAUUUCAAGUUACGGUUGUAAAUAUUCUCUAUUAUAUUUAGAAAAAGAAUCAUUUAUUGUGAAACUGUGUAAAGUUCAAGGUCGUUUUGUCCAUAUCGGUCGUAAACAGUCGUACAGUCAUGAGUAAUAUCAUAUACCCACUUUAGAACCCUGUUACAAUAUCAUAUUUGACACUUCAUUAAGACUUACGGUUUAAUUUGUCAAAAAAGUUAAUGUGACAUGGUAUCAAAGUGUAUACAUAUUAGUCCUCGUGACCGUACAUACAAUAUUACAGUUGUCAGGAAAUAUUCAGCUUACAGUUAAAGCAUAAUAGUAAGAAAUUUUAUUUUAAGUUAUACCUGUCAUUUUGUUAUCCGCCGAAAAGGACGGGUAAUUGACAGGCAUAACAUUUAUGGAACACACGUCAAUUUUAGGCAGACAUUUAAAAACCCUCCUAAAAUUUUACAUUGGCUAAUAACCCGACAGAAGUAAGUUGACAGCACACGUCAAACGGGUGGCAUAUCAGCGAAAUGCCUAUUUUAGUCACCCGGGUUAUACAUUCAAUUUAAAAUUAACAGUUGUCAAUCAGCCGUCCCUUUCCUUUUCAGUGGAUAAGAAAAUGACGGGUAUAACUUAAAAUUAGGAGAAAUCGGGGCCUUUGUACAGAUAGCUCCUUAGCUAUCAUAAAAUAAAUCCUUAUUUGACUGUGGUUAAUAAGUUUGUUUAGUGAGGUUCCUUUUUGUUCUUUUCUUACAUAAGUUUAAACAAAAAUCUCUCGGCCGCAAGUUCCAAAGUAGUUUACCAACGUUGAAAGUAUCGUGUGUUCACGUCAAGACCAAUACAUUGCCUAAACCUGUGCUCGAACAAACCAAUACGUUAGAGUUUGUUAGUUUAUUUAUUUUGUAGUAAAAUGUUUUCCAUUUA